UUAAAUUCCCCAUCUGGUCGUCUUCUUCCCCCAACCUGCGCCUCCUCGUCCCUCUUGCCCCCCUGACCCGCCGCGUCCGCCAUGGCCCAGCCCGCCUUCCUCUCCGCCCUCCGCUCCCGCCUCCGCUCCCCGCAGCCGCAGGCGCCGGCGCUCCCCCACCUCCAGCCCCCCCGCCGCGGCUUCCACGUCGAGCUCGGCGCACGCGAGAAAGCGCUUUUGGAGGAGGAUACUGCUCUGAAGAGGUUUAAAUCAUAUAAGAACAGUGUGAAACAGGUCUCAAAGGUUGGGAAUAUUCUUACCGGCGUUGUCCUUUUUGCCUGCGCCUAUGAGAUCGUUGCACUGGCAAAUAGUUAAAUAUGAAGGAAUGGACACUCGUGUGAUCACUGAAAUCCACCAGAAAGUGAUUCAUCAGCAUAAAUUGGCAUUUUGUCAGCACUAGUUCUGCACCUCCGGUGUUGAUGGUAAUAUGUAAAAUAAAACAAACUAGGUUAACCUUCUUUCGUAAGAUCUUUGUGCUCUCUUGGCCUAGUGUUACAUGUAAACGAAUUGAUGUAUGCGAUGAAUGAUCAUCGCCUUUGUUUUCUUUUCCUUGACUUGCACGCUCAAAGCACAAUAAAAUAGUUCAUCUCGGUUUGCUUGCUGAUGGCUUUCCAUA